CCCCCAUCCAAACCCUCAUCUACGAAUCAUAUCACCGAUCUCACCUCGAAUCUCGACUUUUACCCCAGAUCUCGACAACAACAAUUCAAUUUCAAUCACAACGAAAAGCCGCCAUAUAACAGCAAACACAAUGGAACCCUCCACAAACCAGUCAACGUCAAUCGAGUCCUCAAACCCCCCAAGCGUCGAACAUGCCUACAAACGCAAAUGCGUCGCUCUAAAGAAGCGCUUAAAUGAGAUCGAGAAAGAAAACGAUCUCAUGCGCGUCCGUAACCGCCGCGGCUGGCAAUACAUCCACAAGAUGCGUCUCGAGUCGUGCAUUCUGCUCGAGCGCCUAGCCAAGGUCACCGGCAUGGCAGAGGAGGCCCAGGCAGGCGUCAACCCGGAGCUACGGGCCCGCGCCGCGGCAAUGAUGUCCAAUGCGGCGGUUCUGGACCCCGGUGACAAGGAGGGUGGUGGUAGCGGUGGUGGUGCGUAUUUUGCGGAUGAUACGGAGGGGAGCUCGGAUGAACAGCCACCUACUCCCCAAGAACGGCCCCUCCGUGUGAAACGAUCGCGGAAAUCAAAUGUCGGCGACGGUGUGGAUGAUGAUGCUGCCCCGUCUGCUAACAAUGCGCCUGAGUCUUCGUCCGUUGCUGGGUCGGCCUCGCUUCCGCGGCUAGCGCCUGCCCCGUCGCAGGAGGACAUGACUUCUUCGUUCCGCAUCCAGGCGGGCAACGGCUCGGCACAAGAUAAAGAGAACAAUACCGGCUCUGGAAGUGACCGUGGCGGUAGCCAGAACCCGGAGUCCGGGUCAAGAGAACCUGGCCAAGGAGAGGUCUCUGUGGAGCCGACGACGCCUAUGGACAUGGAUACUAAGGAGUCGAAGGAGGACAGUUAGUUGCGGGAUUCUCUUUGGGCUCAGUGGAUGAUAGGUUGGGGUGUUGUAUCUUUAUUAUCUUAUAUUCUUAGUUGUGUGUCAUUUUUCCAUCUUCUUUUCCUAUAUCUACCGGGGGGGGGGGGUUCUCGGGGUUCUUGUUUGUUUUUGUUUACUAAAAUUAAGAUUAGGGAGUUUGAGUUUUUUUAAUAUCCCAUUUUUGUCUUUGGAUGAGGUGCGAAAUAUACAUUCUGUUCGUGGGAUGGGAAUGAUGGGUUGUCGGUUACGUG